AGCUCAUGUUCAAAAUAACUGAAAGGCAAAAGGAUUCAAUUUCUAAUUUGUGUUUUUGGUGGAAAAAAUAAGUGAAAUUAUUUAAUGAGAUUAUCAAAAAGUAUUAUUAUACAAUAAAUAAUAAGAGAGAAUAUUGGCAAACUGAAACGCAAAGAUGAAAGCAAUAGCAAGAACGCCAUUGCGUCCUCCGAAGACGCCACGUUGUCAUACACAAUAUAAUGACCGGAAAUCGGAUCAUGAUCCCAAUAAACCAAGAGAUCCUGUACAUGUUUAUUGUCGUGUACGACCAUUACAAUCAGAUGCAGAUCUGUCAUCUGUGCGAGUAAAAAACUCUACCACUGUGGUCUUAACUCCACCAGACCAAGUAAUACAACAUAAACAGGGCGCGCAGCGAGAAAUGCAGUAUAUUUUCAGACAUGUGUUUGAACCCCACAUCUCACAAGCUGACGUGUUUGGUGCUGUAGCACAACCACUAGUUGAGAAUCUUAUAAGAGGACGCAAUAGUUUACUAUUCACAUACGGUGUAACUGGAAGUGGUAAAACAUAUACAAUGACAGGAGAUUCACGUCAUCGUGGCAUAAUGCCGCGCUGCUUAGAUACAUUAUUCAAAACAAUAUCCGAUUAUCAGGCAAAAAAAUACAUUUUUAAACCUGAUAAACUAAACGGAUUUGAAAUUUUAUCAGAAGCUGAUGCGCUGCUUGAAAGACAAGCCGAAAUGAAUAGACGUUUUGCGGCCGGCGAACGCGGCGCAUUGAGACGUAAAGAUUCCGAUCCAGAAAUCGCAUCACAAGCAUCAUGCGAUGUUCCACCACUACAUAGUAUCGAAGAAGAUAACAUGUUUGCAGUUUUUGUAACGUACAUUGAAAUUUACAAUAAUAGUGUGUAUGAUUUACUUGAGGAGGACGCACCUCAGAAAGCUUUGCAAAGCAAAAUUAUUCGUUCAGAUGCUAACCACAAUAUGUUUGUACACGGUGUUACUGAAUUGGAAAUAAAAUCUGUAGAGGAAGCUAUUGAGGCAUUCCAAUUUGGUCAAAAGCGUAAACGUAUGGGUCACACAGUAUUGAAUGCAGAAUCAAGUCGCAGUCACUCCGUUUUUAAUAUACGUUUGGUACAAGCGCCAACUGAUUGCCAGGGUGAACAUGUUGUACAAGAUAAACGCACCAUUGUUGUCAGUCAACUUUCACUAGUUGACUUGGCAGGCAGCGAACGUUCUUCUCGAACCAAAAAUACGGGCAUGCGUUUGCGUGAAGCUUCCAGUAUAAAUAAUUCAUUAAUGACGCUCCGGACAUGUCUGGAAUAUCUGCGCGAAAACCAACAGGCCCCACCAAAUGCGGCUCCAAAGAAAAUUCCAUAUCGUGACUCCAAACUGACACAUAUGUUCAAGAAUUAUUUCGACGGUGAGGGCCAAGUAUCGAUGAUUGUGUGUAUCAAUCCACGCGCAGAGGACUAUGAUGAAAAUACGCAAGUAAUGAAAUUUGCCGAAAUGACUCAAGAGGUACAGAUAGCUCGUGCAACGCCCAUAAAGCCAGAUCUGGGCUUGACACCCGGACGACGAAAGGCGAACAAGCUUUUCAAAAUCGCGGUAAACAACUUAAAUGAUUUAGGACACACCGAAGCCAAUAAAUUGGAUGUAGAUAUUGGUCUGGUCUAUUCGCUAGGGCCGGGCUUUCCAGAUUACAAAAUAGACAGUCCCCAGGCUCAGACCGCUAUACAAGAAUUGAUGCAGUACUUAAUGCAGCGCAUAGAAAAGCGAAAAGUAUUAUGCGCUGAUUUAGAAAACCGUUGUGAUAAUUUCAGGGCACAUUUGAUGCAGAUGGAACGUGAAAACUUACAGUUGCGUACAGAAUUGGCAUCACUAAAAACAGUUUAUAAACAAGAGCGGGAACGAAUGAUAGCUAUGGAGAAUAAGUUACGUGUGCAUGAAGGCUCUAUUGACGAGCUUAACAACAAACUUGGUAAUCGUGAGAGGCAGAUCGAUGAGCUCACACGCAAAUUACGAGAUCAACAAAAUCUGCUAACACAAAAAGAGCAAGAAAAGGAGAAACAGAAAAAGAAAUUCACUUCUAAAUUGGCUGUGGAGGUGGAUAAGAAGGAUCGUGAGUUGGAAAUACGUUUACGUGAGCAGCGUGACAAAAUGCGCGAGAAGAUGCGCGUACGCGAUGAGAAGCUGCGUCUCGUAUCGAAUAUCAUACAAUCGGAAGAUCUGCCCGCUAUGGUGCGUCGCAAUAGUAAUGACAAUAUUUUGGAUGAUAAAAUGGCAAUAUCAGAGCCGCCAUCAGCUCGGCGUGGUGAGUCCACACAAGUGAAUAGUGCUCGAACAGAAUUAUAUGCGACUCCACGUCAUGUAAGGGGCAUGGCAGCUGCUAACAAUAGACAUCGUCGCUCACGCUCAGCUGGCGAAAAGUGGAUCGAACAUCGUGCACCAAAUCCUGUGCCGCUGGGUACAAUACUACAACCAUAUCUGAAAAAUCGUAAAUCUGUCACCAAACUUACCGAUGCCAAGGAGCUGACCAAUCACAAGAACACCAAAUAUUGUCUAGUUUCACAGGACGCAGACACAGAUGGCGAUGUUGAGACCAAACUCUAUAAAGGCAAUAUCAUACCAACGUGCGGCGGUGGCGCUCAAGUAGUGUUCGACGAUGUGGAGUGUUUAAAGCAAAAAUCACCAGUAACCUCUCCGAACCGUAAGCGGCCCAGUAAUGGUGGUGGUGGUGGUGGUACGCUAAGUGGUUUGGGUGUUGCUACCUCAUCAGUGGCAAUGUCUGCAGCGGCGUUCAGUGGCGGCACAAGUGCUGCGCAAGAUUUGAUGUCCCGUUGCAGUGUUGGCAUCGAAGGGCACAACAAUAAGCGCACAAAAGUGUAGAGAAAGUUCGUGUGUAAAACCGUCCUUUUAUACUUAAAAUAUUACUGAUGAUUAUGAUGAUGAUGAUGAUGAAGACUAUGAACCAUCACUAUGUAUUAAAAUUUAUUUUUUAAUCAUUAUUUUUUUUUUUUUUUGAACAGUCGCCGCAGUAUGGAUUUAAAACUCAUACCUAUAUUAUUUACAGAGAUAUUAUUUAGUUUCAGAAUACUAACAUAUACAUACAUAUAAUAUAUUGUGGUAUGAAUGAUUCUAAUCGUUAUUUACUUAAUUAAUAUUAACAUAAACUAGCUGAACGGUAUUUUCUUUUAUUUUUUGUUAUUAACAUUAAAACCUCGUAUUCCACCAUCAUGGUAUUAUACGUAUUAUUUGUAGCCUAUCAAAUGUUCUCUCCCUGCAAACAAUAACGAAGUAUUUUGGAAAAGAAUAUAAAUAAACUGGAGUUUAAAAUAACUAAAAAA